GUGUAACAACAGCUGCAAUAAUAAUAUCCUUUCGCCUGUUACCGUUGUCAAAGCUAAUAUAGAUACAAGUGGUGCAAAAGAGAAAAUUGUCGUGACGUUGAACGAUGGGGUUAAAAUAGAAUUUCAUAUCCCAACUUCUAAAGAAAUCAGGGAUCAAGUUUUUUUAUCGAAAAACCAAAUCGUCGGACAAACCAGUUCGUCAUCCAAAAAAGUUUAUAUUCCGUACAAUAUUCCAAGGACCAUUGGAUAUCUUUAA